AAAGCUUCAAUUCACAAAAAAAAAAAAGAGAUUUUUUUUUGUGAGACAAAAGAGAUUAUUGAAAAGAAGAUAAAGAAAAGCUUAAUUGGUGUAAUCUGCUCGAAAGGGCCAAAUCUAGCUUCACAUUGACAAGGAGCGCGGUUGAGCUCGAGCUAGGAGCCAAAAAGCUUCCACCUUUCCCCUUCUCCCUCCCCCUUUCGUCCUGCUUCCAAGUGGAUUUCUAAUCCUUGUGAUCUGGGUGGCUUUCUUUCCGCCUUUCGAGGAUCGCUUUUCCGCUGGAAAGGAGGAUGUUUUCGGGCUUGAUCCACAGACCGGAAGCUUCGAUUCCACCGGAGGAGGCACACGGCCCGAGCCUGGUGCUGACGGCGGACCCCAAGCCGCGCCUCCGAUGGACGGCCGACCUCCACGAGCGCUUCGUCGACGCCGUCGCCCAGCUCGGCGGACCUGAAAAGGCAACACCAAAGGCUAUCAUGCGGACGAUGGGUGUUAAGGGACUUACCCUUUUUCACCUUAAGAGUCAUCUCCAGAAAUACAGAUUGGGAAAGCAAUCAGGCAAAGAGCCAACUGAGCAGUCGAAAGAUGCCUCAUACCUUUUGGAGAAUCCGAGCAGUGGCACUUUGUCUCCGAGAAUGCCUACGCCUGAUGUCAACGAGGGUCAGGAAGUCAAGGAGGCUUUAAGAGCACAAAUGGAAGUGCAAAGAAGAUUGUUUGAACAAGUGGAGGUUCAGAAGCAUGUGCAGAUACGAAUGGACGCGUAUCAAAAGUACAUCGACUCCUUACUAGCCCGGGCUUAUAAGAUAGCAUCAGAGCAAGUCGCUUCAAACAGCUUCCCGGCGACCGAGCAUGAUCUUCUGGACUUGCCAAGCAGAGCUGUUUGCUCCCCAUCUGACAUUUUGAGUCCUGCAGUUCUUCAUCAGUUAUCGAUGAAUCCGGUCAGCGUGCCAAGCCCUAGCUGCAAGACUUUGCCGGCUUCCGCGACAGCAGGCCAGUUCUUCUAUCAGAAGCCAGCUGCUUUGAAAAACAAACCAUGCUGAAAUUGUUUUUACUCAUGCUAGUAGACCUCUAUUUCUUGUAAGAUGAUGGGGGAAACUGAACUCUCCAAAGUUGUUUCUAAUGAUUCUCUAAUCGAUGACUCAUGUUACAAUGAGGAACCAUGAAUGAAAUUUCUAUUUACAUUGGUCGAUA